CCCGGCCGGGCUGGGGGCGGGGAGGCGGGGGGAGGCGGGGAGCCGGGCCGCCGGCGCUCGGGUCCGCCUCUGACUGCGGCGCGGCGGGGCGAUGUGUGAUUACCAUGGCGAGGAGCCUCUGUCCGGGCGCCUGGCUCAGGAAACCCUACUACCUCCAGGCUCGUUUCUCAUAUGUGCGGAUGAAAUACCUUUUCUUUUCCUGGUUGGCAGUUUUUGUUGGAAGCUGGAUUAUAUAUGUGCAGUACUCCACCUAUACAGAACUAUGCAGAGGAAAGGACUGUAAGAAAAUAAUAUGUGACAAGUACAAGAAUGGAGUUAUUGAUGGGCCCGCAUGUAACAGCCUUUGUGUUACAGAAACUCUUUACUUUGGAAAAUGCUUAUCUACCAAGCCCAACAAUCAGAUGUAUUUAGGGAUUUGGGAUAAUCUGCCAGGGGUUGUGAAAUGUCAAAUGGAACAAGCACUUCAUCUUGAUUUUGGAACUGAAUUGGAACCAAGAAAAGAAGUAGUGUUAUUUGAUAAACCAACUAGGGGAACUACUGUACAGAAAUUCAAAGAAAUGGUCUACAGUCUCUUUAAAGCAAAAUUGGGUGACCAGGGAAACCUCUCUGAACUGGUUAAUCUCAUCUUGACGGUGGCUGAUGGAGACAAAGACGGCCAGGUUUCCUUGGGAGAAGCAAAGUCUGCAUGGGCACUUCUUCAAUUAAAUGAAUUUCUUCUCAUGGUGAUACUUCAAGAUAAGGAACAUACCCCCAAAUUAAUGGGAUUCUGUGGUGAUCUCUAUGUAAUGGAAAGUGUUGAAUAUACCUCUCUUUAUGGAAUAAGUCUUCCAUGGGUCAUUGAACUUUUUAUUCCCUCUGGGUUCAGAAGAAGCAUGGAUCAGUUGUUCACACCAUCAUGGCCCAGAAAGGCUAAAAUAGCCAUAGGACUGCUCGAGUUUGUGGAAGAUGUUUUCCAUGGCCCCUACGGAAACUUCCUCAUGUGUGACACUAGUGCCAAAAACCUAGGAUAUAAUGAUAAGUAUGAUUUGAAAAUGGUGGACAUGAGAAAAAUUGUGCCAGAGACAAACCUGAAAGAACUUAUAAAGGAUCGUCACUGUGAGUCUGAUUUGGACUGUGUCUAUGGCACGGAUUGUCGAACUAGCUGUGAUCAGAGUACAAUGAAGUGUACCUCAGAAGUGAUACAACCAAACUUGGCAAAAGCCUGUCAGUUACUCAAAGACUAUCUAUUGCGUGGUGCUCCAAGUGAAAUUCGUGAAGAAUUAGAAAAGCAACUUUAUUCUUGUAUUGCCCUCAAAGUCACAGCAAAUCAAAUGGAAAUGGAACAUUCUUUGAUACUAAAUAACCUAAAAACAUUACUGUGGAAGAAAAUUUCCUACACAAAUGACUCUUAGUUCAUUUGGACAUUGUAACCAUUGUGGGAAACUUACCACUUAAGUUUGAGCACUCUAAAAAAAAUGGCUUGACUGAAAUCCCUGCCAGUACAAAACUCAUUUCCCGUUCCUAAGAAGCCAUCGUCUUAAAAUACAUGUCUAUUGCUGAAUGACAGGAGGUAUAGGAUCAAUAGGUCCCCCAAAAUGGAAUUCCUCCUUUCAGAAGCCCUGGUACAAUUCCCAGUACAUUCACUGUGUAACUCUUUGACUGACUUUAAAAUAAUGCUGUGAAGCCUCAUUCCAGACAUCAACAGUGAUAUUAUUUUGUAGAUUUGUUAGCCAAGAUACCACUGCUGGAAACAUUGUUUGCAUUGAAGCUGCUGUUUGAAAUUUAUACAUAAAUUUACUAAUGUCUUAGCAUGGUAAAGUUUGCACAUUAACAGAAAUGAAGACUGCAAAGCAGACAAAUUAAAAUUACUGAUUUAUAAGUAGA